UCCAAAUAGAAAACCCCGCCGCCGUCCACUUCUUUCGUUUGCACGGGUUGAUUUAGAAAUCCCCGCCGCCGCCUCCUCCACCGUGGCUCUGGCCUCACGAGCUUUUCUGACAAGGGAGAUGAGGCGCAAGCUGCCGCUUCGCCACUUGCCUUCUCUCUACGUAUGUAGCUGCAUCGUUUCGUGAUGCUCGCAUACUGUUCGAUGAAAUGCCUGACAGAACCGCUGCCACCUGGAACGUGAUGAUUACAGGGUAUGCAAGGUUCGGGGACGUCGAUAAAUUGCUGGACAUGUUUGAAAAGAUGCUGGAGAGGAAUGUUGAGUCUUGGUCUGCUAUGAUAACUGCUUUCGUUCAUAGUGGGCGCUGGGCAGAAGGUUUGUUUCUGUCUCGUGAGAUGAUGAUGGCGGGGAAUGAUGGACCGAUGAUUAUGCCGGAUAAGAUAACUUUGUCGACUGUUUUAUCUUGUUGUGCCCAAAUGGGUUGUCCUGGAUCAGUACUUGGGAGAUCGGUUCAUGAUUAUUUGUUGAAGAUGAAUGGGGAAAUUGACAACGUUCUUGUGGACAUGCAUGCCAAGUGUGGAGUUUUCAAGUAUGCUUGCCUUUUUUUCUGCAAUGAAGGAAAAGAACGUCAUAGCAUGGACUGCAUUGAUAAGGGGAGCAGCUAGGCAUGGAUGUAGUGAAGAAGCAUUAUCAUUGUUCGAGAUGAUGAAAGAAGAAGGCGUCCGACCAAAUGAGAUGACUUUCACAGGUGUACUUCAACAUGAUUGAAGAGUAUGGUUUGGAGUAUAAGAUACAUCACUAUGGGUGCAUGGUCGACAUUUAUGGCCGAGCAAUUAUACAACAAUCAUUGGACAAAAUCGGGCGCCAAAGGGGUUUGAUGGGUCUGGUACUUGGAUACGGGAUAAAGAGGGUAUCAUGGU